CCAGCCAAUGAGGAGGAAACAGCCUCGAGGCGGAGUCUCGGGCAGAGCCUGAGGGAAGGCGGGGCUUGCGUUGCCAGAGUAACCGGAUCAUUGGUGAUGUUGUUGUCUUCCUGUGUAAAGAUACUUAUUUCCUGUGCUGAGAGCCACAAACUAUGAAUCUGUUGGAGAGGUUUGCUUUCCUUGCAGAGUGGUAUGAUCCGAACGCCUCACUGUGCCGGCGUUAUGAGCUUCUGUUUUACCCCGCAGACGGAUCUGUUGAAAUGCAUGAUGUAAAGAAUCGUCGCACCUUCUUAAAGAGGACCAAGUAUGAGGACCUGCGAGUGGAAGAUUUAUUUAUAGGCAACAGAGUGAAUGUCUUUUCUCGACAGCUGGUGCUAGUUGACUAUGCGGACCAAUACACAGCUCGCCAGCUGGGCAGCAGGAAAGAGAAAACAUUAGCCCUGAUCAAACCAGAUGCAAUAUGCAAGGUUGGAGAAAUAAUUGAAAUGAUAAACAAAAAUGGAUUUACUAUAACCAAACUCAAAAUGGCGAUGCUUUCAAGGAAAGAAGCAGUAGACUUUCAUGUCGACCAUCACUCAAGGCCUUUUUAUAAUGAACUGAUCCAGUUUGUUACCAGCGGGCCUGUUAUUGCCAUGGAGAUUUUAAGAGAUGAUGCGAUAUGUGAGUGGAAAAAAUUGCUUGGACCCGCAAACUCUGGGUUAGCUCGUACAGAAGCCCCUGAAAGCAUCAGAGCCCUCUUUGGGACAGAUAGCAUAAAAAAUGCAGCUCACGGCCCUGAUUCUUUUGCAUCUGCUGCUAGAGAAAUGGAAUUAUUUUUCCCUUCAAGUGGAGGCUGUGGACCAAAAAACACUGCUAAAUUUACCAACUGUACCUUGUGCAUUAUUAAGCCCCAUGCCAUCAAUGAAGGACUGCUGGGAAAGAUCUUAAUGGCUAUUCGAGAUGCAUGUUUUAACAUCUCAGCGAUACAGAUGUUCAAUAUGGAUCGAGCUAAUGUUGAAGAAUUCUAUGAAGUCUAUAAAGGCGUGGUGUCUGAGUAUACCGAGAUGGUGGCAGAGCUGUACUCCGGCCCUUGUGUAGCAAUAGAGAUCCAACAGAAUAAAGCUGCAAAGACAUUUCGAGAAUUCUGUGGACCUGCUGAUCCUGAAAUUGCCCGGCAUUUACGCCCCAGGACCCUCAGAGCAGUCUUUGGUAAAACUAAGAUUCAAAAUGCUGUUCACUGUACGGAUCUGCCAGAGGACGGGCUCCUGGAGGUCCAGUAUUUCUUCAAGAUCUUGGAUAAUUAGCAGUACAGAGAGUAGAGACGACACAGACUGAGACGCUGAGACGAGUGAGGCACACAUAUGAAGAGUGUGUUCAUUCUUUUAUUGUCCGUUGUUUUAACCUGACUGACACAAGAUCAACAAGAGCACUGUACUCCUGGCAAUUAUUACAUAUGUUAGAACAUGGAUUUGCACUGAGGACAACAUUUAACACCAGUCUAUGGGGUACUGCAUUGCUUUUUAUAAAGUUCAAAAUAAAGAUUUUAUUUUCAAACAAGUGACUUUGGUUUAUUUCAUACAUUACACUUUUUCUUGCAGAAAAAAAUAAAAUUGUACAACUGCAUAAAUAUAAAAUUCUUCCACCAUGAAAAUGGUUAAAACAUUCAUAAAGACACAGCACCAGCACGAUGCCUCCAGAGAAAGGAAAGAAGGAAAAGAAAAUGUACAAAGCAAAUUAACUAGCCCCAUCACUAGCCAAAGUGACGGGCAGAUCCAGACCUCAGACACAGCUUCAGAACACACUGGAGGACACGGGCAGAGAUGGCGAGACAGCAUUCAGCACGGAGCACAACACAACCCAUCACCUUUUUGUGUUUUUCUGUAGUGUCACUUAAAAUUUAAAGGGCAGUUCCCCCAUGACAGCCCACCCCCCAGCCCCAGGAAAUAAAGGGGAAAAAAAAGAUCUGAUACCACAGGAAAAGAAAAAAAAAAAAAAAAAAAAAAGACUAUGGAGUGUGUUAAAAAAUGCUCAUUGAUGGGCCGUUACCUUUGAAAUUUCAGAGCCAGAAAAAUAAGAAAGAAAAGGAAAAAGUACCAUGCCAGUUUUAUUCCCAUUGAAUAUUUACACCUUGGACAGCAAACCUUGCUCACGUAAAGUAGAAAACAGAUAUGAUAAAA